CUUAGCGUUGCGAUGCAACUUUGACGAUUUAAAUUGUUGCGGGUUUCCCUCCUACCGACAGUGACGAUUUGGUAACUAAUGUUGGCUAGCUUUGAAACCAGCGAACGAUUUCCCCAACCUUUUAAGUAGUGAGGCGGGGAUAAAUUGUCAAAAAUAUAGCAACCUAUUUUGUUUUCAGUUUCUGUCAGGUCUACUCUGCGGUAGGCUAGCUAGCUAGCCGGCAUUUACUAGCUAGCACUUGGCUAGUUAAGUAACCAACUUGCGCAGUUAACGUUAUACAGCGAGCUAGCUAAUGUUGUUGUUUUUUAUCGGGACCCAGUUUAAUGCUAGCUUGGCUAAAGGUAUAGCUACAUGAGUUCUGUUUUGAAUUAAGACUUUCCCCUAUCAAAGUGGACUGAAUUGCAUUGAGUAGGCUACUUGUUUACUUUACGGUCAAGUGUGGCUAAAGUUUGAGCGAAAAUGUCUGAAAGUGCACCAACGAGAAGCUUGGAUGACAUCGACCUGGCGGCUUUGCGGGAUCCAGCUGGGAUCUUUGAGCUGGUGGAGGUUGUGGGAAAUGGAACCUAUGGGCAGGUGUACAAGGGUCGCCAUGUGAAGACCGGGCAGCUCGCUGCCAUCAAGGUGAUGGACGUCACUGAGGAGGAGGAGGAGGAGAUCAAGGCUGAGAUCAACAUGCUGAAGAAGUACAGCCACCACCGCAACAUCGCCACGUACUACGGGGCCUUCAUCAAGAAGAGCCCUCCCGGGCAGGACGACCAGCUCUGGCUGGUGAUGGAGUUCUGCGGGGCUGGCUCAGUCACAGAUCUGGUGAAGAACACCAAGGGGAGCUCGCUGAAGGAGGACUGGAUCGCCUACAUCUGCCGAGAGAUCCUGAGAGGACUGUCUCACCUUCACGCACACAAGGUCAUCCACAGAGACAUCAAAGGUCAGAACGUUCUACUGACGGAAAAUGCAGAGGUCAAACUGGUGGAUUUUGGAGUGAGCGCUCAGCUGGACAGGACAGUUGGGCGAAGGAACACUUUCAUCGGCACACCUUACUGGAUGGCUCCCGAGGUCAUAGCCUGCGACGAAAACCCAGACUCUACCUACGAUUACAGGAGCGACAUCUGGUCUCUUGGGAUCACAGCCAUAGAGAUGGCGGAGGGGGCCCCACCACUGUGUGACAUGCACCCAAUGAGGGCUCUCUUCCUCAUCCCCCGAAACCCACCUCCAAAACUCAAGUCCAAGAAAUGGUCGAAGAAGUUCAUCGACUUCAUCGAGAGCUGCCUGAUAAAGACCUACCCCAACCGGCCCUCCACCGAGCAGCUGCUGAAGCACCCCUUCAUCCGGGACCAGCCCACCGAGAGGCAGGUCCGCAUCCAGCUCAAGGACCACAUCGACCGCACCCGCAAGAAGAGAGGGGAUAAGGAGGAGAUGGAGUAUGAAUACAGCGGCAGUGACGAUGAGGAGGAGAAUCGCGCGGAUGAAGGAGAGCCCAGCUCCAUCCUGAACGUGCCGGGCGAGUCGACGCUGAGGCGGGACUUCCUGCGGCUGCAGCAGGAGAAGAACAAGGAGCGCUCAGAGGCGCUGAAGAGGCAGCAGGCCCAGCAGGCCGCUCAGCGCCGCGACCCAGAGGAGCACAAGAGGCAGCUGCUGCACGACCGGCAGAAACGCAUCGAGGAGCAGAAGGAGCAGAGGAGGCGCCUGGAGGAGCAACAGAGAAAGGAGCGCGAGAUGGUGAGGCAGCAGGAGAAAGGCCCCCCCCGCAGACUGGAGGAUCUGAGGAGAGAGGAGGACAGGAGGUUGGCUGAAAGGGAGCAGGAGUUCAUAAGACAUAAGUUAGAGGAGGAACAGCGACAGUUAGAAAUUCUGCAGCAGCAGCUACUACAGGAACAGGCCCUGCUCAUGGAGUACAAGCGCAAGCAGCUGGAGGAGCAGCGGCAGUCGGAGAGGCUGCAGAGGCAGCUGCAGCAGGAGCACGCGUACCUGGUCUCCCUGCAGCAGCAGCAGCAGCAGCAGGACAAGAAGCAUCAGCUCUACCACUACAGCAAGAACCCUGAGCCCAACAACAAGCCUGCCUGGGCUCGGGAGGUAGAGGAGCGCAGUAAGCAGAACAGGCAUGGCUCCCCCAAGAUCUGCACCGCCGUCUCUGACACUGCCAUUCAGUCUCGAUUUGACCCCGCCAGCCAAUCGGGUAUGGCGCAGGCUGGUCUGACCCCGCCCAUGCAGAGGCCCGUUGAACCCCAGGGUGGCCAAAGCAAGUUUCAGAUGGCCCACCUGGUUCCUCUGAAGCCGUACGCUGCCCCGGUCCCUCGCUCACAGUCCCUGUGUGACCAGCCCACUAAGACCAUGUCUGCCUUCCCCACCCAGGAUCCCUCCCCCACCCCCGCUCCCCGCUCCAUCCCCUCUAGGGAACUGGUGCGCCAGAACUCGGACCCCACCUCUGAGAGCCCCGCCCCCCAGCCACACCCCGUCGCCAGGGACGACCGCGGGCCCUGGGUCCGCAUGCAUGCCUCCGAGGAGCCCCCCAAGGUGCCCCAGAGAACAACCUCCAUCGCUGUAGCCGUGAACAACAACUUGUCGGCUGGCGGAAGACACCCGGCUCGGGCCAGUAACCCAGACUUAAGCCAUAAUGACCGCUGGGAGGGAGGCGAUAGCAUGGCAUCCAACCUGCCCCAAACUAGCUCCCUGGAGAGGCAUCCCAUCCUGGCCUCUUCGAAGACGGAGUCGUCGCCCGCUCUGCCCCAGCCUGUGCGCCACAAGCCAGUGGAGUCCCACAGCUCUUCUAGGCCCAGUCGUCCUGCGAGUUACAAGAGAGCUGUAGGAGAGGAGCACAGGGCGAAGGAGCAUGCGAAGGAGCGUCAGGAGGAGCCCCCGCGGCCGCCCGCCAAGGCCAUGGACUACUCCUCCUCCUCGGAGGGCAGCGACAGCAGCGAGGAGAGCGAGAGCGGAGACGGCCCGGAGGAGGCGCAGGAGAGUCCCGCAGACCGAGUUCGUGAUGCAGACUCUGACUCUGUGAACACCAUGGUGGUCCAUGACGAAGAGGCCGAUGUUCGGGUGGACGUGCAGACGGGCUACGGGGAUCAGACCAUGCUGGUCCAGAGGACCCCAGAGAACCGUGGUCACAAUGGCUACACAAACCUGCCGGACGUAGUCCAGCCAUCUCACUCCCCCACUGAGUCUGCAGCUCACUCCUCCCCGGGGAAGGACAACGCCUACGACUAUCAAACCCGGGGCUUGAUCAAGACUGCUGGCAAAUCUUCCUUCACAACCUUUGUGGACCUCGGAAUGUACCAGCCACACGAGGGUCCAGAGGAGGCCAUGUCGGCAGCAGCUUUCGGCUCCAGGUUCGAUCAGAUGCGUCUGAGCGGCCGGAAGGGCUCGGUGGUCAACGUGAACCCGGCCAACACCCGGCCCCACAGCGACACGCCCGAGAUCCGCAAGUACAAGAAGAGGUUCAACUCCGAGAUCCUCUGCGCGGCGCUGUGGGGGGUGAACCUGCUGGUGGGCACGGAGAACGGCCUGAAGCUGCUGGACCGCAGUGGCCAGGGGAAGGUGUAUCCCCUCAUUAACUCCCGCCGCUUCCAGCAGAUGGACGUCCUGGAGGGCCUCAACCUGCUCAUCACCAUAUCAGGCAAAAAGAACAAGGUGCGGGUGUACUACCUGUCCUGGCUGAGGAACAAAAUCCUGCGUAACGAUCCUGAGGUGGAGAAGAAGCAGGGCUGGGCCACGGUGGGAGAGAUGGAAGGAUGUGUCCACUACAAAGUUGUGAAAUACGAGAGAAUCAAGUUCCUGGUGAUCGCUCUGAAGAAUUCAGUGGAGGUGUACGCCUGGGCUCCCAAGCCUUAUCACAAGUUCAUGGCUUUCAAGUCCUUUGCCGACCUGCCCCACAGACCCCAGCUGGUUGACCUAACGGUAGAGGAAGGUCAAAGGUUAAAGGUCAUCUAUGGCUCUAGUGCCGGGUUUCACGCUAUCGAUGUUGACUCUGGAAACAACUAUGACAUCUACAUCCCUGUGCAUAUCCAGAGCCACGUGACGCCCCAUGCCAUCGUGUUCCUGCCCAGCUCCGACGGCAUGGAGAUGCUGGUCUGCUACGAGGACGAAGGCGUCUACGUCAACACCUACGGGCGCAUCAUCAAGGAUGUGGUGCUGCAGUGGGGCGAGAUGCCCACCUCCGUGGCAUACAUCUGCUCCAACCAGAUCAUGGGCUGGGGGGAGAAGGCAAUCGAGAUCCGCGCUGUAGAGACCGGACACCUGGACGGAGUCUUCAUGCACAAGAGAGCCCAGAGACUCAAGUUCCUGUGUGAGCGAAACGACAAGGUGUUCUUUGCGUCUGUGCGCUCUGGAGGCAGCAGUCAGGUCUACUUCAUGACUUUGAACAGGAACUGCAUCAUGAACUGGUGAAGCAGAGCCUGCCUUGUCUGCCUGUCCAGCCAACUCUUCCUUCAGGCAUCAAGUAGGGCCCCUUCACUUGGGUAGUGUCCCGGAGAGGUGGGGGAGUGAGUGGACGGAAGACAGAGAGGACGGGAGUGCUUCCGGUACUUUCCGCAGCGUGGCUGAACAAUGCUCCAUUGCUUCUUUUAUGGUUUCCUCGUGUAUGAGCGUACGCACCUCAUCACCUGCCUUUAGUCAGCUGUCUUAACCAACUGAAAGCCCCCCCACUAACCAACCCACUAACUGAGUGACACAUUGCCUGACGGAAGUACUCUCAACUGACGGACGGAAGCUAGCAGUGAUGCUGACGAAUUGAUCCUUUUCCUCACUCUUAUCUGGGGAAUGGGUUGAUGCUCUUGAUUUGUCUGUACAUAUUUUUGUAGCCGUUCCAAAGCUCUGAAGCCAUUAUGAGUCUACUCUUCCUCCACCUUAUAGGAACUUUUUUGGACUUGUGGGUUCCAAGUGAGGAGGGGACUCAUUAGAAUUCCUUCUCUUUACAAAAUCGUGACGAAAACUGUUAUCGCAUUGAAUUAUAAAUAGUUACCGAAGCAAUGAAUAACACCAGGGUGUGAUGGUACCACUGAACCUUAUCUGCCCGUGUCUGUCUUUAGUGAUCCUACAGGCCAGUUGGUUUGGUUUUCUAUUGAUGGGGCCAGUCGUGGAAAAGAGCUCUUUGAGUGGAGGUUGGAGUGGAUGUCAUGGAAACACUGUAAAUAUUGCACUGCUUGUCAGGAUGGAUGUGGUCUUCAGGCCCUCAAAGCUUUAACCCCAGUUCUGAUUUUCAGUACAUUUAUAAAUAAUUAAUGGCUAUAUAUAUAUAUAUAUAUAUAUAUAUAUUUUAGAAUGUAUGUCCCUGAAAUUGGAGAUGACUAACUCGGUAAUAUAUUUCAUUGAUUCGCAAGCUGUGUUGUGUGUAUACUAAAUUGCUGUGGAGGGGCAUGAAAUAGCGUUGUUAUUAUCGGUGCAUAUGAUGAGUAAGCAGAAAGGGUUUUUUUAAUCAAGGUUUGCAGAAAUUAGAUCUGCUUACCAUUUUUAAUCCUUUCUUCCUCAUAUAAAUGGUGGUUUUGAGUUUGAUGAUUGACUCCGCCCACACCAAACUCCAUGUCUUUAAAAUUACCGCAACCCUGUCAGGACUUGAUUUAGGGUUCUGGAAAAUCUUGUUUUUAUUUAGCUGGGAAAUUAAUCGAGUAGUAAAUCCAUUUCGGGGAAGUGUUGUCAACAAAACUCUCCCUCUAUCACAUUCGGUCAUAACCCCUCCUGAUGGCCUCAGGGCUUUCUCUCAUUCACUCUCUCAUUACUUCACUUCGCCCUCCUUCCCUACCACAGACUGCCAGCCUGCCAGUCAUCAGUGUCCCAACCUGCUACAUGUUUCCGCUGAUCAUACCCUAUCAUUCAGUUGUCGGUCAGUCUGCCCCUGCUUCCAGGUCAUCUCCACUCCAGUCUCCCCAUCACUACCCUUCCUCUUUUCCUCUGUCACCAGCCACCACCAGCUCCUUUCUGCUUUCUCCAUACUACGACGGCAUUUCACUUCAUUACUUCCUUACUUAACGAGUUCUUGGGAGUUCUAGCUGGCCAGAAGUGUGGCGGGGGAGAGGGUUUUCCUGGCUGCAGACGCUGCAGAACCUUACCGGAGUCGGCUCCGGAGGCGUGAAGGAAAGCUCUUUUCAGACUUUCCCAGAAAAUCACUCUUGUACCGUUCUGAGUGUUCAGUCAACAUAAUUUCAUGCUUGUAAGAGAGUGGCCUUUUUGGAAGGUCGGUGGGUUGGGGGUUGUUAAGUGGAGCAAUAGCUCUGUGGUUCACUGUAGAUACAGAACUGUACUCUAGCAUCUGUGCAAGGCCAUCUUUUUCCAGCCCCGACUCUGAGGCUUCAGACUCACUCAACCAUUUUGAGGCUGGUUAAUCAACAUGUUUAUACUAAUAUGUGUGUUUGAGUAGUGAAUGCAAAUGUACAUGCUUUUUAAAAUCUUUUUUAUUUUAUUUUAUUUUUUUAGAAUAAACCAAAAGCCAGAAUAUCGUAUGUAGGUGUACAUAAGGUGAAGUAAUUAAAAUCAGGAGAGCUAUUAGAUUUUUCUUAUGCAGAGAACAAAAUAGUAUAUACAUAUGUAUGCAAGAAAGCACUAGAAUGACAGGUGCCUAUAUAUUGUGUUUAUCAAGCACAGAAUAGAUUGUAAACUGAAAUUGAUUGCACUUUUUCGAUCUGCCAUUUUUUUUGCUUGCAUAUAUAAAUAACUUAUUUUGGAACAAGGAAAGGCAUUACACAGAAACAUCCUUCAAGAAAUUAUCUAAAGUUUAUUUUGUGAUUCCACCAUAUAUUGUCAUUCUGGGAAUUCUUUUUUUUUUUUUUUAUCUGUAUUUUUUCCAUAUUUUUACAAAAUUAUUGUGCCUCAUUUAAUACAGAAUUGGGUUGGGACCAAUACAUGGAUAAAUCUGUCCAUGUAAGGAUAAGUAAAAUAGAUAUCUGACUAUCUUAGGUUUAGGGUGUGACUUACUGCAUCCCUGCAAGUUACUGCAAAUUAGCAUGAGUAUUUAUCUGGCCUUAGCUGGGUCCUAUGCAACUGAAGUAGUUCUUGCAAAAAUAUGUUUAUUUAUUUCAGACAUGUUCAUUUCUUUGGGGGUUUUUUUGCUUGGUUCGGCCAUCGGUGCGUUACGUGUGUAAUGCUAACAAAGUGCCCUGAUGUGAACAAUCCCAGUUCUGCUAAAAUGUAGUUGUGACAAGACAAAAAUACACAGUUACCUGCAAACAAAAUGGAGUUCUAUUGUAGCUCUUGAAAUCCCCGUUUUUCUUUGUAAGGAGAGUGUUUCACGGUAUAUGCUAUUAUCUUUUGAAAUAACGUGCACAGCAUCUUAAUAGUUUAUUUGCGUGUCUUAAUGAUUUUUGUGUUUUCUAAUCCCCUAGUAUACAUGCAUAUUUGUUGAUGGGUAUAGUGCCUUGCUCCGUCUGAUUGGAUGGAGUGUGUUUGACAGUAAAAUAAGCCCCAGGAUGGGGAAGGACCUUGUUAGUGUUAACUCUGAGAAUGGCUUCGGUUGCUGUUCUUUCCCCUCUGUAGUCCACUUCUUAACGCACUGCGAUGGAAGCACACUUCACGUGCAGGCGUACAGUUCCCAACUGACCAGAGAGGGUUGCUGGGCCAUGCUAAGACACUUGUUCUACCAAUUUUAAAUUCCAGCCUUCCUGGGCAAUGCUAAAUAAGGCUACCAUACUGUUCUAUUGGACCCAUCCACACAAUGAAAAGUGGCUUUUGGCUUUGAACUACUAAGAGAUGGACCUAAGACCACAUGGAAUAAAAGCUUGCUUUUCACUGCGCCGCUCAUACUGAGUAGCCCAUGGCACUGUCAACCGAAAGCAAUAUAGGCAAAGGUGGAACGAGAGAUUAAUGCAACCGCACUGUUCCACUAUAAUUGUGUACAAUAAUAUUGUAAGUGUAGCAUAUACACAUGUGAGUGUUCACAUGCCACAUAAGCAUAUCUUUGUGCUUUCUCAUUGCGCUGACAUUGGGCUCAGCAGGGAAAUUGUGUUCCUUUCGAGUUGCUCCUGUGUCCACGGAAAGCUGUCGCUGCAUUCAGCGUAAUGCCCUUUAGUGCCAGCAGAGGGAGCACUCAAUGUUCAUGCACAUACUGAGGCCCCAAAUUAAGAGGUUUCAGAAUAAUUGAACGCUAAUAAUUGAAGGUCAGAAGAGAUUAAUACAUUAAUGGGUUUAAAAGGUUUAUAGAUGUGAUUUUGUCUGUUAGUACUGAUUAAAACCAUUUUAAAUGUAUUGCAAUGAGAAGCUAAAUUGAGAUAUUUGAAAUAUGAAAUGUUUACAAGAUAUUAAAAAGAUUUAUAAUGAAAGAUGGAUAGAGAAUGUAUACAGAGAAUUCAGAAGGUGUUAGGAGAAAUGCCGGAUAAGUAUGGCAGAUAUAUUUGAUAUUUGGUUAGCCUAUAUUUUCAUGAACGUAAUUAUAAUAUUUAGUAAAAUGAGAAAUCUACAUUUAAAAAAAAAUAAGAUUUAUUGUAAAUUGAAGCACAUACUAUGAAGAAUCAUAUAGUAUAUUUGGGUGUAUGAUAUAACUGAGGGGUUUGAUUUGUCUUCACUGUUUUAUGUGGGUAGGUAGAAGAAAAUCUGUGGGCGGGUGUGUGUGUGUUUUAUGCCUGUGCCCCAUUUUUGAUCCAAGUAAAUUCUACUUGUGGAGGUGGUGAGGAUGAAAUAAAUUGACACCCCUCAUUUGUGUUUUAAGAUGAAUAGACACCCACCCGUCCUACUGUAGCUCAAGGAGGGGUUCAGUCAGAAAGGGCACACUGGUGGACAGGGCGUGACACCCCCUGAGCUACCGAUUACUGAUGAAUUCAGACACUUACCUGGUGUCACUUGGUAGGGAGCUAUCCCAACCAACACAGAAAUGUUCUCACAAUGUUACUGGGAAGUUUUGUUAAUGUUCUAACAUUGACACUGCAUUGCAGCAACAUUGUGAGAACGUUUUGUGUUGGCUAGGAUCGUCUCCUUUGUGGGCACGUGGGACCCUGGGUCGCUGUUGCCUCAGUCUGAAGUGGAGAAGUUGAUAAUGCGGUGGACCUGCAUGUAUGCGCUGGUUUUGGAUUGGGGUGAAAUCUAGAUGGAACACCCAGUAGAUUGGGGUCUGCAGAGCCUGUUUAGUCUGAGCCCUGGCACUGCAGACACACUACACUGUUAAAGUGAUUGUUCUGUCCAUGAAUGCUGCACGACUUCUCCACAUUGUAGUACUCCUGCGUCUUACUCCAGUAAGGUUAUGGUGGCUGCCCACUGCAUAUUUCUUUGUUCUUUUUUAUUUCAGCACUUUCAGUAAUCCUAAACCCUAUAGCGGGUUGUUAACGGGUGUUUAAAUGCGGUGUUGGAAUGCUCAGAUUGCUUUGGAGAGGAGUCUUUAUCGGUGUUAUUUGGUAUGGUCAAAAUGAAUGUAAACCGGCCUGUCUCCAAUCUGUUACUGAGAGCCCCAAUCCAGUCCUGUUCUCCGCUGACAUGUUGACAGACACCCAACCUAAGCCUGAAGACAGAAGGUCUGAAAUUGCAAACUUAUUAGAAAUUCAUCAAAUGUAGACUCAGUGAGAAAUUUAUUAGGUAGACCUGUACACCAGCUUAUUGCAAAUAUUUAAUCAGCCAAUAAUGUGACAGCAACUAAAUGCAUAAAAGCAUGCAGACGUGGUCAGCUGUUGUUCAGGCCAAAUGCCACAAUGGGGAAGAAACGUGAUCUAAAUGACUUUGACCGUGGAAUGAUUGUUGGUGCCAGACAGGAUGGUUUGAGUAACAAACCGGAGGGUUCUCUGAGAGCAGAGCUGCAGACUGACGCUGGAAUGCUUGGUCUUAACCUUAACUACUGUAAUGACAACCACAAACUUAUGCUUAUAUAUUAAUACUUGAUCAUUUUGUAAAUUUAGUCUGUGAAUUGAUUUGAAUUUUUUCUCUUGAUUUUCUCCUUUUACUGUUCAAUGUUAAACUAAGGUGUGGACAGUGGCUAAAGUUUGAAGUUGAGAGUUGAUAUCCUCUGUGAUGGGUUGAUUUAUUUUCUUUUCUUUUUUGAACAAGCUUUUUAGACGUUUGGUGUUUCAAUGUUCACAUUCUGUUUUGGAGCGGGACCUUAAGAUUGUGUUUAAUAGACUAAUGAGAUUAAGUCUUAGGAUUGUGUUGAAUGAACUCAUGAGUCUUUAUGCAAAAUAAAUACAUUGAUUUGUUGCGAAUGCAAGUUGUGAUGCCAAAGGCAUAUCUGUUGAAUUAUUUUCUUUCAACAAAUAAAUAAAUUUCCACUGUGUGAACAUCAAUACUAA